CUAUUAGCGGGAAAGGGGUCAUAGAGAAGGCAGCAUCUCUGAAGAGAAUGCGCGGGAAAUGGAGAAAUACUUGGUUUCGCAAAAACCCUCAAUUGAAAAUGUUCGGCCUCUUCGAAGCCAUUGGAAGAGGAGUUCGGUUGAACUAAAUGGGAGAUUUGAGCCUAACUAUCGUCAUCAGAUGAUGGAUCUGCUAAUGCGCUCCUAUUCUGAGGUUGGAGUGUUUCCGCAUUUGUAUCAAGUGGAUGGGUCGCCGUGCCAAACUCAUACGAAUCGAUUGGUUAGUGAGGCAAAUGGUGAUGGCUAUCUUCCAUGGAGAAAGCAAGGCAUCACUGCAGUAGAUUUUGACAGCAAGGGAAUAUACUUGGUGUCUGUGACAAAAUCAGGUUGCCUAACAGUUCACGACUUUGAAGCUCUUUAUUGCCAGAUACCUGAAUUAACGUGCUUGAGGGAAGAUGAAAGCAAGCACUUAAUGCACCUCUCACUAAAUCGACAACUUGAUGCUGUCAGAUGGAAUCCUCUUAAUCAGGAUGAGGUUGUUUGUGCAUCUAUAAAAAGUAAUGAACUACUCAUAUUCGAUGUUGGAUAUAUCUCAUCAGAUCCAGUUGAAGUGUUAAGAACAAGACUUACAACCCCAGUUCAUGGAUCCAGCAUACCCAAAGGUCUCACUGAUGUAGCUUUUACGUCAAAUGACACAAGGAUACUUGCUUCUGAUACAUUUGGUGCAAUUAAUGUCUGGGAUAGAAGAGUGAAUGUUCUACCUUGCCUUGAGUUCGAAUCUGCUUCAUGUUUUACGCUUAACCGCAUCCAAUUAAAUGCAGAUAAUCAGAUUAUCUAUGGCGCUGGGAAAGAUGGGUUCGUGUAUGUAUGGGAUAUUCGUGGUGGAAGAGCAUCCGCUACUUUUCAAAGUCACAAAGAGAUACGCCAUCAACCUGUAACAUCAGUGAAGUUGGCAACAUUGCUAGAGAAGAUUGGAUCUUUGAAGGCACAGGCAGAUAUUGUUCCCAAGGAGAUUCACUCUAUCGAUAUUAAUCCAUCAUGCCCAUAUCAGUUAGCAUUCCAUAUUGUCGAUGGUUGGUCAGGCGUUUUGGAUAUUAAUAAUUUUCAAGUUACACAUAUACAUUGCCCACCCCCUUUUUGGUUAAACGAUACCUAUGUUCACCCUGAUCUAUCAUAUACAGCAAAACCUGCAUGGUUAUCAACGUGUUCGAUCUAUGUGGCUGAGUCAUCAUCUGGUUCUGGCAUUAAUCUCCUAGAUUUCUAUCCCAGCGCCAACUCACCUAGCCAUGUGGAUUACGAGGAGGAUAUGCAAGAAAUUUCGAGGCGAAACAACCAAAGUAAUCAGAACAGAUUUAUUUCUUUAUCUGAAGGAGCUAUCUCAUGUGCCGCUCACCCUUUGUAUAAUGCUAUCGUAGUGGGAACUAAGAAAACUUCUUUGCUCGUGAUUUCCCAAAGACAAGAGUCGUGCAGAAGUGAAGAUUAGUCUCUAGCUAUGACGGAAUUCAUGCUCGAGUUUUUGUCCCAUUACCAAUUGCAUAUAUAACGUUGUGCUAUACUCCUGUAAAAUAUUGUAUUGAAUCUCCACUUAAGUUCAAAAUGGAAAAGAAAAUUGAUUUUAUACAA